AUGUCACUUUUAUCGUACAGUAUUACAUUGUUUCGUGUCUUUGGAUUAUGGUUCUCGGAUGAAUAUACUUAUUCAUGGAAAAAUAUAUUAUAUUUUUUGUAUAAUAUAUUUGCAGUUUCGACUCUAUAUUUAUUUACAAUAACUCAAUUAAUAUCAUUAUUAAAUACUUUUGAUGAUCCUCAAGAAUUUACAAAUGCAUCAUUUAUGGUGCUAACAUUAAUUGCAGUAUGUGCAAAAAUAUAUGACAUGAUAUUAAAUAGAAAAACAAUAGGAAAAAUGAUGAAAAUAUUAAAUGAAAAUACAUUUAAACCUCGGGAUUCUGUUGAACUUAAAAUUCAAGCUGAUUUUCAUUUUCAAAUUAAGCUAUUGACUAUUGUUUAUGGGAUUUUGUCAGAAUCAGCUGUAUCAAGUUUUACAAGAGCAUCAAUAAUUCGUGAUAUUCCAGAUCGUGAAUUACUUUUUAAUGCUUGGGUACCAUUUAAUUUAUCAAAACCAUUUUAUUAUUGGAUGUGUUAUAUACAUCAAAUAAUUGCUAGUUACUAUAGUGCAAGUUUUAAUGUUGCUUUUGAUUCAUUUUUUCCGGCAUUACUAUUGGCUACUUGUGCACAAUUAAAAAUGUUAAAACAUCGAUUUAAUAUUAUUGAUAUUAAUGUGAAAAAAAAUAUCAAGUUAAAUAGUAAAAAAAAUCAUUGGAAAAAAGAAGAACGAGAAAAAUAUUCUUUAGUUGAUUGUGUUAAACAUCAUUUGGCAAUACACGAAUUUGCUAAAUUAUCAAAUGAAAUAUUUUUAAUUUCAAUAUUUUUACAAUAUUUUACGAGUACAGUUGUUUUGUGUGUUAGUACAUUCAACUUGUCAAGUUUAAAACCUUUGAGUAAAGAAUUUACAGCUUUAAUUAUUUAUUUGUCUUGUAUGUUUUUGCAAAUUUAUAUGUUUUGUAGCUGUGCAUAUUUUGUGACAAUUGAGAGUGAGAGUGUUAGGACUAGCAUUUAUGAAUCAAAUUGGUUAUCAUUGGAUUCAAUUAAUAAAAAAAAUUUAAUAAUUAUAAUGACACGUACUCUUAAACCAAUAAAGUACACAAGUGGACAUGUUGUUGAAUUAUCUCUCAUGUCAUUUACAAGUCUACUUAAAAUGUCAUACUCAGCCUAUAACUUACUUCAACAGGCAAAGUAA